AAAAAUAGUAAUUUUGUAAAGUAUACGUGGCGAGAUUAAAGAGAUGACGCGUCCAUCCUUCAUAGAUUCGCUCUUCAAACUCUUCAGAGCUCCUUCUUAUCACAUAUCUUUAUUGAUUAAGAUUCUUUCUAAAAGUCCAAGAUGGAAAGGUCCGAAUCUUUCUCAUCUCUUACAUUCAAAGGUUCAAUACCUGAAGCAAUUCUUGAAGCUAAAAUCCAGAAGAAGCUUUUCGUGGUCUACAUUUCAGGUGAAGAUUCUGAGUCGAAAAACAUGGAGGAUUCUACCUGGACUGACUUAAAAUUAAAAGAGUCACUGUCAAAGUAUUGCGUUCUAUUGCAUAUCUGUGGUGGAAGCACCGAUGCUGCAAAUUUUUCUGCCAUAUACCCGCAGAAAUCUGUCCCAUGUAUAACGGCAAUUGGAUAUAAUGGUGUACAAGUUUGGCAAAGUGAAGGGAGUAUUAGUGCUGAAGUUUUGGCAUCCAGUUUAGAGAAGGCAUGGUUGAGUCUUCAUAUCCAGGAAACAACGGCAGCUGUCCUUAGUGCUGCACUUGCUUCAAAGAAAUAUGAAUCAUCUAGUUCUGGGUCAUCUACUGUUAGCCAGUCUGAACAAGGAAGUUCUUCAAGUGCUUCUGUUCCAUCAACCACAAUGGCCAAUGUUGUCCAGACCUUGGAGUCUAACCCAUCUGUUAUGUCUGUGGUGAUGGAGGAAAACAGAGAUUGUGAGCAAACAGUUAAGGAGAAAAAUCCUGAAUUGGUUGAAAAUGGUAGUUCAGAAUCAUUUAGCACUGACAACUUAGCUAACAUUGUGGAUGAACAAUGUGAUAUUACCAAUGAAGAAAUGAGGACAGUUGUUAGUUCUGUUACUUCAAGUCUAGCAGUUCAUGCAUCCUCUCAUCCUGAAGAUGAUUGUCUCAUCCCAGUAAAGGGCACUGAUCAUCAGCCAAGUUGUCCUGCUGGAAGUAUGCCAGUGAGUGCUGCAGAAGCAGAGAAAGACAUGCAACAUGUGAAGGAUAAAGUAGAUGGUGCAUUAGAAAAUACUACAACUGCAAACAUACCAACUGAUGUUCAUUUAAAUAUCCGAUUACCUGACAGUAGUAGCCUACAGGAGAAGUUUCCUGUGACAUACACACUGAGUAUGAUUAAAGACUAUGUGGAUAGAAACCAAUCAAAUGGCAUGGGCUCCUAUGAUCUUGCCAUUCCUUAUCCUCGCAGGUUAUUUGGUGAUCAAGAUCUGAUUAAAUCUUUAUUGGACUUGGGUCUGUUUAACAGACAAGCAUUGAUAGUAGUUCCACGUCGGAGAACCGCUGGUUUCCAAGGGCAAAGACCAUCUGAUGACAAUAGAAAUUUGACACCUAUAGAAGAUUCUGCAGGAAGCAGUGGGGGAUAUUUUUCAUACAUCAAAAGCUUUUUGUCUUAUGUAAAUCCUUUUGCUUAUCUCGGUGGUGGUGCCAGCUCUUCAACUACUGGACAGGAAUCUCAAAGUAGCAUCUGGGAAUACAGUCCAAAUCCUACAGUGCAGAAUAACUUGGGUGGAAGAAAUAGAAGCACUUCAACGGCCAGUGACGGUGGCAGGAACAGACGACCUGUGACCACUCAACAUGGCAGCAAUAUUCACACUCUAAAACGUGAUGAAGACGAUGACAGUUUCACUGAUAGAAAUCCAUUCUGGAAUGGAAAUUCUACACAGUAUGGUGGUAGUAGCGACAGCAAAUAAUUAGGGUCAGGUAGGUCUUGCUUCGUCUUAUCACACGUUAUCUUUGAUGUUUAAAGUCAAUACCCUUUUAAACAUAAUUGACCGUAUGUCAAUAACUUAAAAUACGUUAUUUGUCUAUAUCCUAGUUUUCUAGUAGGUUAGUGACUGCAGAUACAUUCAGGUAUGUAUGACACUAAUAUAUCUUCUCUUUUUCUUUUUCA